UUCAAAUUUCUUUCAGAAAUGGAGGGUAGACGCAUGGGUACGAGGAACAACCCGAGAGGGCAAACUCCGGUGACGUCCGAAGGGGUUAGCCAGGUUGCAUCUCGGGGCGCGAGAGGCGGUAGGAGAGGCCGUGGAGGCCGUGGAGGCCGUGGAGGCCGGGGAGGUCAUCGGGCUCAAACCGUGAGCGAUGGCCAUGUUAGCUCGGUGCAUGGGACUCACACCGAGGAUUACGACUCUACAUAUGUUCCCGAGACGGAACAUGAGGAGACCCCAUAUGAUGGGGGUGAUACGUACACCGAUGAUGAUGACAAUGAUGAGAGUGAUGCCAAAU